CCACCACUGCUUGAACGUCGAACGUGCCGGUAGACCUGGAACUGCCAUAGCAAACCGUCAAUCACACUACAGUCGCCGUCAUGUCGCUCGAAAAUCUGCUCCCCCUUGAACUCAUCGAUAAGUGCGUAGGUUCGCAGAUAUGGGUCAUCAUGAACGGCGGAAAGGAGUUUACCGGCAAGCUGGUUGGAUUUGAUGACUACGUCAACAUGGUUCUGGAAGAUGUCACUGAGAUUGAUCCCACCGAAGGCAACAACAAAUUACCGAAGAUCCUGCUCAAUGGAAACAACAUCUGCAUGAUGGUUCCCGGAGGCGAUGGCCAGACAGUCCUCGAAGACUAGUCUAUCUAAGUUAUCAAGAUUUCGUCGACGCAAGACGUUUCGAGCUUAGCAACAGUGUCACAGGUAGCUUUGCAUGGGUGGUGUUCUGCAGCCCAAAAGCAACACCACUAAGAGUAUGCAUCUUUUUUAGGCGGACAGGUCAGCAUAGGGUGGUUGGCGAGCACGUCACCCAUAGAAAGCGGUAUAUAUUGCGGGAUUAAUGGUCAUGGACACGCUGAUCUGGGGCUUCAUCCAAACAUCUGAAGCAGCGACACAAAGCAAGACCUGAAGAAAGUCUCGUACAGAGUGAUACACGUGACUCGGCAUCAUAUAUCGUCCCAAU